AAUUAAUACAUAUUUAUUAAAUAGUCAAAUCAGAAUACUCAAAUUAUACGUCUGGGAUGACAUACGUCAUUGGCUUGACCUCUGGAUAGAAAGCUCGUAUCUUGGUUUUUCUCGCUCCUCGCUCCUUGUGGUUGUGGCCCAUCAAUUGCAAGUCAAUUGCAAGUCAAGUCGACGAUCAUCCAUUAUUUUGUUGUCCACCACCUGAAAGCUAGCUAGUAUUAAUAGUACAUUUACCUGAAGCUUAAUAAGAAUAAAACAAAGAUGAAGUUCCUUGGUGCUCUCUCCCUGCUUGUGGCUUCUGCCAGUGCGUUUAGUCCCGCGGCCUUUACUCCCCGCAGUUCCAGUUCCAGUUCCAGCGCUUUGAAGCAAGCUGCGUUUACGGACGCCGAGAAGCAAGUGAUUCUGGACAAGGUCGCCAAGAUCUUCGAAGACACGCCUUCACAAGAAUUCACUCCGUAUGUCGGCAACAUCGAAGCUACGUUCCCCGGCGCCUUGGACAAUCUGAGCUUGGAAAACAAGGUUGUCUCCAUCUUGGCUGAAAAGGGCUUCACGGCUGACAACACGCUCUUGGCCACUUCGCUCUGCUGCGACGAAUUGGCGCGUCGAUUGGAAGACGACUUUGUCAAAAUAUACGGAAACAACUUCAACUUGGGAGGACUCAGUGGAUUCCCCUUUGCUGGAAACACUGGAUUUGGCGCCAUGGCCGCGCACAUUCCCGAUGAUGGAUCUUGUCUCAUCAUCUACGGACCUCACGUUGGCAUCUCCAAGUCCGGAGAAGUUGGAAAGGUCGAACGUGUGGGAAUUGAACUCGUCGACAACUGCUGUGGUUCCGCCAUUGCUGCCUCCAACUACCUCAAGGGAAUCACUGACGGUGGUGCCGUCAUCAAGACUGCCAUUCAACAGUUCACCGACUUCCAGCAAGGGGCCGUACAAGAACUCAUCUUGCCACACGGAAAGCGUCUCUCGGAUGCCGGUGACGACCGAAUGAAGGAACUCCCAUACGCACUCUACGACAGUCAAGACAUGCUCAUGCAAGACAUUGUCAAAGGAGGAGCUGCCGGUGGAAAGAAAAACGGAUUCGCCGUCUUGGGAGGAAUCCAAAUCAACACUGCUCCUGAUACUCUUGACUACUUCCAUCCUCUUCGAUUCGACCUAGUCAACACAGACGGUGAAGUCAUUGAAGACUUGCUUCCCAAGCUAUCCGAGUAAGUGAUACAAUCAUACACUAUCAUAGUGUAGUGCUAGUGCUAGUCGGUCAGUCAGGCAGUCAAAACGGAAUGCAUGAAAGUGCAUGAUUCGAUUUGGAAAAUGAUGAUCAAUUAUUGAUGUCCGUGCGUACAACCCCACCAAUCGGAACGUACGUACCCCGCACAAAACCAGCAAUUCUUUUAAAGCUCUAUUACCUAGAUCAUAUCACGUCUAUUCCUACAUGUCAUGUACGACCAACUCAAUUUCA